AUGCAUUUAAAACGGAUUUGCUCACGUCCAAGAAAAAAAUCGUUAGCAUUAAAAAUGUUAUCAGGAACUGCUAUCAAAUCGAUUUUGCCUAUGAUUAGAGACAUGUCAUAUCAAAAUAUAUCAGCUUAUCUUGCCCCUACUAUUCGAGUAAUGGUUCUAGAAUCUAAAAAAUACCAAAUUAUGCCAAAUUGCCGGCCGCACUUCUGA